GAGUGAGUGUGUGUGUGAGUGUGUGUGAGUGUGUGUGUGUGUGAGUGUGAGUGUGUGUGAGUGUGUGUGUGUGUGAGUGAGUGUGUGUGUUUGUGUGUGUCUUUGAGUGUGUGUGAUAUAAGAAGAGUAUGAGAAGAUGUAAUUACACACACACUCUGAGAUAAAGGCUGGAUUGAUUAUUAAGGGACUUUUAAAGUAACAUUGAUGUGAAACACUGAGCACAAACAGUUUUAUACACACAGCACGCCAAACAUGACAACAUUUACUGCAUAUAUACCGUCUCUUAAAUGAGCAAACACUUUGAAUCUAAUGCAGGCAAACAGUUAUGAUAGAUGAAUCCCUCCGUUUCUGUUUAUCUCUCUCUCUCGCUCUCCACACACACGCACGCACGCACGCACACAAUAUGUCGCUAACAGGAAGUUAUUGAAGGAAUGGAGGUAAAAAUAGCUCCAAAUUCUUCCUGUUCCAUGUGAAAGCUCAUGAAUCAGGAGGUGAUUGUGUUUAACAGACUCAUCGACAGCACUGAGAAGUUUGAUACGGGUUUCCAGAUGUGACUGUUUUCUGAAGUCACCGGUCAACAGUCAUGGCACUAUUCCAGUCUGUCCCGGUGUUCUUUGACCAUCCCGCUCUGGACCCUCGUCGUCACCGGCGCUCCCCGACCGGAGCGAUGUGUGCAGUCAGCAGCCUGAUGCCCAGCCAGAUCUGCUAUCAUGACAGAGCCAGUAUGGGGGUGAGCACCGGUGUCCGCAAGGGCACGCCGGGGUCAGGACGACUGCUGUCAGACUCCUCUAAGGACUUUCUGGUUGGCAGUCGCACCCCGUCCAGUAAGAGGAGGGCUAUUGUGAGCAAAGGGAAGGGCUUUGGUGGUCGUUCGUACUCGCAUGAAGACUUGAUUACAGACUGGGACAGCGAUCAUUCGGAUGUGGGUUUCACUGGAGUGGACGGACCGCCAAAACUCGUCCCUGUGUCUGGACAGUUAGAAACGAACAAUCAUCAGGCCUUGAUCAGACCCACCGCCUUCAAACCCGUCGUCCCCAAGAGUCGUAAUGCAGUGCAGUACCUCUCUCCACGACUAGGGGGCGCUCUAUCCGGCAGUCAGGGCAACCUCAGUAUGUUGUCUCAAGGAGAUGAGGAGCUUGCAUCUGGACCAACGGAACGCCGCGGUUCCUACAGUGGAGCUCGCAACGCUUUGUUCAGCCAGUCUUUUACCAUGACGGACACCGCUCGGACCUCCUCAACAAACAUCCCGUCACAUAACGGCCCCGUGUAUAACCAAAGUGAGCUGACCAAACAUCACGGACACUCCAACUCUGACAGUGGACGCUCCUCGUCCAGUAAGAGCACAGGGUCUCUGGGGGGUCGCUGUCAGCCGCUGUCAGACAUGUGCUUCAGCGGACACUCCCCUCCGCACAUCGAGGUCUACGAGACGAUUGUGAGAGACUUAGAGGAGAAGCUGAGAGAGAGAGACCUGGAACUCCAGCAGCUCCGCGAGAACCUGGAUGACAACAAAGCGGCCAUCUGUCAGGUGUACGAGGAGCGACAGAAGCGCACGGAGCUGGAGAUGGAGGAGUUCAGACAGACCUGUGCAGCUAAGAUGCAGAAGUCGCCUCAGAAAGCGCAGCGAGAUCAACAGUUACUGCAGCUGCAAGCGUUUCAGCUGCAACAGGAGAGGAAGAAACAGCAGGAGGAGUUCACGCAGCUGCUGCAGGAGCGACAGAGACUCGAGGAGCGCUGCGUCUCUUACGAAAGAGAACACGCACAGCUCGGCCCCAGACUGGAGGAGACCAAAUGGGAGGUGUGCCAGAAGUCCGGUGAGAUUUCAUUACUGAAGCAGCAGCUGAGAGACCUGCAGGCCGAUCUGUCUCAGCGUGUCGGGGAACUCGUGACUCUGCGCGGGCAGCUGAGGGACGUACGCGCAGAGCUGCAGACGUGUCAGAGUCACCUGCAGGAGGCGCACACGGCCUCUCGUACCCGAACCCUGGAGCUCGAGGUGUGCGAGAACGAACUGCAGCGUCGCAAGAGUGAAAACGAGCUGCUCAGAGAGAAAAUUAGCCGUCUCGAGGAGUCGUCGUGUAGCCUGCGUGAGGCCCUGAGCGCCACGCACGUCACCGACCUGUCCUCCUACGGAGGGGGCGGGGAGGAGCAGCGGCUGACCGAUGAGAGUGAAGAGUUAAAGGGAUCCAAGCAGCAGAUCGACAGACUGAAGGCGGAGCUUGCUUACGAACGCCAGACUUGGUCCGAUUGGACCGCGACGUUCGAGAGUGACCGGAAGAGUUGGGAAGAGGAGAAAGAGAAAGUGAUUCGAUAUCAGAAACUGUUGCAGCAGAACUACGUUCAGAUGAGCAAACGGAACCGUGCACUGGAGCGAUCUCUGCGUGAACUCAGUCUGGAGCUGGAGUCCAGAGAGCAGGACGACGAUGAAAGCAGCGGUAAUGAAGUCACCUUUGAUGACAUCGCCACCACGGACAUCUAACAUCCGUCUUCAAACACUAAACAUGUAUUAAUCACGCUCUACUGCUAGUACUAGCUUUACAUUAAAUGCAACAAAGAUUGUUUGAGGCCACAGUCCAGUACCGACCCGCUUUAAGACGAUCAUUUAUUAUUCUGGAAUGUGGCACACAAUGAAGCUGCGUUCACACUGCCAGCGACACGCCGCGAUAACAUGAGAGCUGGCGACUUCCGGCAACACGAGCGACAGUCGCCGUCGGCAACCGUCACACACACACACACACUCACACUCACACAAACACUCUCUCACACACACACACACUCACUCACUCACUCUCUCACACACACACACUCACACACACUCAUACACACACACAAACACACUCAUACACACACGCACUCAUACACACACACUCAUACACACACAAACACACACACUCACACACACACGCCUGCCCAGCGAGAGCCAAUGGGAGAGAAGAUGGGAGAGCUCACGUGACCCUAAUAUUUAAUAAUAAUAUUAAUUGUAAAGAAACGGGGCUGUUCAGACUCUCCACACACAGCACUAGCGACCUAACGGUCCGCCACUGGCGACAUGCAGCGCACAGUAGCCGGUGGUGUGAACGCAGCUUGAGUGUUUAAUUAAAUGUACUUUACUGGCAUUCAUGUAUUUGAGGAGCAGCAUUAUUGAGGUAAGAUUCAUGCACUCUGGAUUUCUAGUUUUAUAAACCCUCAUGACGGUUAUAUUUGUACCCAAAUAAAACACUAAAUGCAAUUAAUAAAACAGUAUUUGUAUGAAUGCUUAUGCCUCAGAAGUAGAAAAUCUCGAUUAUUCCCCACAAACUUUGCUUUUGUGAGCAGGAUUGUGAUAUUUUGAAAUGUACUCAUCACACUUCAAGGUGUCCGGCGAGGUCUUGAUGCUGCUGUAAUCCUCUUUGAGGUGCCCCGAGUGUGCCAGGGGAAGAGACGGGCACUUAUUACCAGUAUGGAGCAGCAAAUUCUUGGGAUGGCGAACUUCAUGGCUCUCUUUUCAAUUGUGCAUCUCAGCUUCCAGAAGUUGUUUUGCAGCCCGCAGGUGAAAUGAGGUGCCAAGAGUUUGUCUGUAUCACUGACAGUCAUGCCGAAAUAUGCCUUGUAGCCACACACACACAUACUCACACUCACACUCACUCACAAACACACACACACUCACAAACACACACUCUCACACACACAAACACACACACACACACACUCACACACACACAUACACACACACACACUCACAUACACUCACUCACACACACACUCACACACACUAACACACACACUCUCACUCACACACUCACACACACACACUCACUCACACACACACACACUCACAUACACUCACUCACACACACACACACACACACUAACUCACAUACACUCACUCACACACACACUCACACACACUAACACACACACUCUCACUCACACACUCACUCACAAACACACACUCACAAACACACACACACACACACACACUCACACACACACUCACACACACUAACACACACACUCUCACUCACACACUCUCACACACACACACUCACACACACUCUCACACACUCACUCACACACACACACACUCACAUACACUCACUCACACACUCACUCACUCACACACACACACACACACACUCACAUACACUCACUCACACACACACUCACACACACUAACACACACACUCUCACUCACACACUCACUAAUAUUUCAGUAUUUUGAGUACAGUCGAUUCAUUUCCGAUGGUCGGUCAUUUUUGACUGGGAACACAAGUGUAACAAAGUGAAAUAAAACCAAUAAAAUGUGUUUUCAGAGUCCAUAUGUGAACAAAGUCAAGUAAUCAUGUGGGGUAAUCAUGUGGGGUAAUCAUGAGGGGUAAACAUGAGGGGUGAACAUGAAGGGUGAACAUGAGGGGUAAUCAUGAGGGGUGAACAUGAGGGGUAAUCAUGAAGGGUGAACAUGAGG